UUGAGUAGUGCCUUUAAGACAUUUAAUUUCUAUCCUGAGAGGAGGCAGGGCCAAGGUCCAAAGAGACCCCGCAAUGAAAUGGACAGGACUUUUGCCAUUACAUCUGAUAAAGCCAUUCGAGCUCUCAAAAUGCAGAUGGAGGAGAGAAAAGCAAAAAUUCAAAAGAAAGGCAUCAGAGGAAGGAGAACUGGUAGGAUUAAGAAGGUGCCUCCUAAACCUGCAUCAUCCUCAGACAGUGAGAACUCGGAUGUCCCUCUGCCACUACCAGUAGAUUCAUCAGAUGAUGAUAUUGAUUUGGAACAAGACCCACACAGCCUUUGUAUAAAGGUACCAAUGACAGAACCGGAAGUGGAUUCAUGGGUUGGUGUCAAGGUGGAGAAGGUAGCUACCAGCACAAAAGGGAGGAAGCACAAGCCUUUUGAAAUUUAUAUUGGAAGGGUGAAAGAUGUCCAGGAGCAGGGCCUUGCAGUUACGUUCCUCAAGGAGGUAUCCCCAGGGUUUUAUGUCUACCCUGACAUAGAGGAUAUCUCUUUCCCUGUGCAUAGAAGGGAGGUCGUGGAGCUACAGGAGCCACAGGCAGCGACAAUCCAAAGAAAAUAUGGGUUCAAGUUCAACAGUAGCAUCAAAUCGGCAAUAGUGUCAGUCCUCAAUAGAUAG